AUGGCAGAAGUGGCUGAGUCAAGUAAACCUAUGGUAAGAAGAAAGCACAUAACGUAACUAUUCGUGUAUAUAACAUUUGCAUAGUAUACAUGAAUGUUAUUGUAAGCGUGGUGUUAAUAUUAAAUACAGAUGAGGGAAUGUCAACGUGGGUGUUGACCAACACUCCAUGGAAAGGAAAAAGCUUGCAGUAUUAACAUUGUUGUAUGUUCAGAAAAGUCACUGUCCAUACAAAAGUACUCAAUGGCUUCCAAAACCUGGAGGGAGAAUUGUUUAGUUCUUUAAAGUCAUCGGUUGUCAUUAUUGAUAGCCAAAUAUCUAAUUUCUUUGUACCUGUGUUUCUAUCUCCAGUUUGCAGGUCUGUCAGAUGUGUCCAUUUCAGGGGACAUCCCUGUUGAGGGGGAGAUCAAUGUCCCUGUUGGAACCCCGAGUCAGGACAACGAAUACUCCACACUGGAUGAACCUGUCAAAGACACCAUAGUAAGAUUUCCCUUUUUGUGCACAUACUCGAAUCUUUAAAGGCCUAUUUCAAUAAAAAAAUGUGAUUCUUCUGUGUUUUAUAUCAUAUUGUACAACAGCUGAUGAAACUAACACUGUAAAAGUGUGAAAGAAUUUGAUCAGUGUUAUUUCCUGAUAGUUGCUGGUUGAAAAUACAAUCUACAUAGGACCUUUUUAAUCAGCAGGUUUGCAUGGGCGGGAGUUUUGGCUUUCCAUGGUGACGUCACCAUGCGGAAAAUAGGUUAAUUAAGCAAUAAAACAUGAGAACCAGGGGAUUAUCGUGUGAUAAAUCCCUUUUAGGUCCUUAUUGCUUUUAUAAAAUGUUUGCCAACAUUUUAAAAAGAUUAACGACAUGUUUUCAUUAAGGUUAUUUUAAUGAGUAAAUUUGUUUUAUUUUAACCUUCCACCAGACGAUAUAGUCGGGGCAAAAACCAGUUGUUAGUUCUGAAGUUGCUAACCAAACAGGCUGGUCAUGAAUUAUUUUGGGAUGUUUUGACCCAGUCGUUCAUUCUGUUCAUUCCAAGUUUCUAUGCUAAACAAAUCAUUGGCAUGUAGCUAGCUAGCAGAGCUUCAAAGAUGACGAGAGACAAGAACUUCAAUAAAUAAUUAUUUAAUAAAUAAUGUAUAAAUAGGCAACAAGAACUUAAUAAAAUAAUGUAUAAAUAAGCAAAAACCAGCAGAUUGUCAAGUCAAUAAUAUAACAUUAACGUUAGUUAUGAAGGAUAGCUAGGCAAACGACGUUACUCCUCCUUUGCUUGCUAGCUAGCUAGCGAGCUAGCCAACUACACACAAUCACAUCAAGUAACUGAAAUGACAGCAAGCUAUGUGCAUUUUCUUUUGUUUUACCUUCGUUUCUAUAUUGCCAUUUCUUUGGAUAUAUCCAUUAUAAUGAUCCUGAUAAAUUAAUGAUCUUGUAUCAUAGAAGCUCCCAGUCUCGUCACGGUCAUUUGCAUGGCAUGGUGGAGACUGCAAAAAUAAACUGCAACAUGUUUCACAGGUCAGAUGGGCACACAGAGAGGCUUAUAUUAACCUCCGUUAUACCAAACCAAAUGCUAGGCAAGAAGCAUGGGGAAAUAAUGUCUUGACUCUUUUUUGCAGUGGAGAUUAAGUUUAUGGCUGGUCGUUCGUUCUAUCGGUUCGGUUGCCAGAGACACGACCCAGGCGUUCAGUCUUUUUGUUCUGUAUCAAUGGACGCGACCCAGUCGUUCGUUCUAAAUGUUCCAUUGCCAUACUGGCUGGCAACGUUCUUAUCCCUUGCUUACUAGCUAGCCAACUACGGCUAACUUACAGUCACGUCAAAAAGUGCAGCCAGAAUAACAGCAAAGUAGCCGCAUUUGUUUAAGCUGUUUUCUAGUGGCAUUUAUUUGGACACAUCCAUAACAAUGAGCUAAUGAGGCGUGAUUUCGCCUGGCAUAGAAAUUGUGCUCACUCGUCAGGACAUUGUUGUUCAGAGGAGUUAGCCAACAACACAGCUAAUGCAAUCACUUCAAACUGAAGCUGGAAAGACUGCAAACUAGCGGCACUUCGUUUCUUGACCUUUUUUCAAUUAACAUUUCUUUGUAUAUAUCCAUAAAAAUGAGGAUUUUGACUGGCUGAGAAACGCCGCCUGUCUCGUCCCGACUCCCGACACGUUCAUUACUAUGGGACAGCUGGAGAUCAAAUUUGAAUAUUUAAACAAUGUUGCAAAUGUCAGAGAGACAGAAUGCAAGGUUUAUACAAAUAUACGCUCUUGCAAACUAAAUGUUAGUCUAAAAGAAAUGUGAGAUAAUGUCUAGAUGCUUUUUAUAGUGGAGAUCAAGUUUAUAAAGUGCCCGGCUGGGCUGAUGAGACAGUGGAUUGUGCAGUCAGAUGGAACAGAGUAAAUAGGCAUUUUAACAUCAUAGAUUUAGCCGGUGGUAACUUGUGGAAUAGACACCGGCUGGAAUGCACUUUUAGCCAAUCAGCAUUCAGGAUUAGACCCACCCGUUGGAUAAUAGACCAAUAACAAAGAGCGUUCCAAACUUCUCUGCCAAUAACGGAUAGUUUUCAGUUUUCCCCUCCCACUCAGACCUCUCCCAGACAGUCCUAUUCUUGCUUGAGAAAUAGUUUUUUGCUAAAAAGCUAUUUUUGCCCAUUUGAAUGGAAAUCUAUUACAGUAAGGUACUUAGUGAGGGGGGAAAAGUAUUUGAUCCCCUGCUGAUUUUGUACAUUUGCCCACUGACAAAGACAUGAUCAGUCUAUAAUUUUAAUGGUAGGUUUAUUUGAACAGAGAGACAGAAUAAAAUAAAAAAAAUCCAGAAAAACGCAUGUCAAAAAUGUUAUGAAUUGAUUUGCAUUUUAAUGAGGGAAAUAAGUAUUUGACCCCUCUGCAAAACAUGACUUAGUACUUGGUGGCAAAACCCUUGUUGGCAAUCACAGAGGUCAGACGUUUCUUUAAGUUGGCCACCAGGUUUGCACACAUCUCAGGAGGGAUUUUGUCCCACUCCUCUUUGCAGAUCUUCUCCAAGUCAUUAAGGUUUCGAGGCUGACGUUUGGCAACUCAAACCUUCAGCUCCCUCCACAGAUUUAUGGGAUUAAGGUCUGGAGACUGGCUAGGCCACUCCAGGACCUUAAUGUGCUUCUUCUUGAGCCACUCCUUUGUUGCCUUGGCCUUGUGUUUUGGGUCAUUGUCAUGCUGGAAUACCCAUCCACGACCCAUUUUCAAUGCCCUGGCUGAGGGAGGGAGGUUCUCACCCAAGAUUUGACGGUACAUGGCCCCGUCCGUCGUCCCUUUGAUGCAGUGAAGUUGUCCUGUCCCCUUAGCAGAAAAACACCCCCUUAGCAUAAUGUUUCCACCUCCAUGUUUGACGGUGGGGAUGGUGUUCUUGGGGUCAUAGGCAGCAUUCCUCCGCCUCCAAACACGGCGAGUUGAGUUGAUGCCAAAGAGCUCCAUUUUGGUCUCAUCUGACCACAACACUUUCACCCAGUUCUCCUCUGAAUCAUUCAGAUGUUCAUUGGCAAACUUCAGACGGGCCUGUAUAUGUGCUUUCUUGAGCAGGGGGACCUUGCGGGCGCUGCAGGAUUUCAGUCCUUCACGGCGUAGUGUGUUACCAAUUGUUGUCUUGGUGACUAUGGUCCCAGCUGGCUUGAGAUCAUUGACAAGAUCCUCCCGUGUAGUUCUGGGCUGAUUCCUCACCGUUCUCAUGAUCAUUGCAACUCCACGAGGUGAGAUCUUGCAUGGAGCCCCAGGCCGAGGGAGAUUGACAGUUAUUUUGUGUUUCUUCCAUUUGCGAAUAAUCGCACCAACUGUUGUCACCUUCUCACCAAGCUGCUUGACGAUGGUCUUAUAGCCCAUUCCAACCUUGUGUAGGUCUACAAUCUUGUCCCUGACAUCCUUGCAGAGCUCUUUGGUCUUGGCCAUGGUGGAGAGUUUGGAAUCUGAUUGAUUGAUUGCUUCUGUGGGCAGGUCUUUUAUACAGGUAACAAACUGAGAUUAGGAGCACUCCCUUUUAAGUGUGCUCCUAAUCUCUGCUCGUUACCUGUAUAAAAGACACCUGGGAGCCAGAAAUCUUUCUGAUUGAGAGGGGGUCAAAUACUUAUAAAAUGCAAAUCAAUUUAUAACAUUUUUUACAUGCGUUUUUCUGGAUUUAUUUGUUGUUAUUCUGUCUCUCACUGUUCAAAUAAACCUACCAUUAAAAUCAUAGACAGAUCAUUUCUUUGUCAGUGGGCAAAUGUACAAAAUCAGCAGGGGAUCAAAUACCUUUUUCCCUCACUGUAAUUUGCACCUGGAAAUGAUUUGAUAUUGAUAUAAAAACGUCUGCAUUGGGCCUUUAACAACACCUUUAAUUUGGCCCUUCCCUGAUACAUAGUAUUUUAAAACCUCUUCUAAAAUCUCCCUCAUGUCUCAUUUAGUUGCGAGAUCUGAAAGCAGUGGGGAAAAAGUUUGUUCAUGUGAUGUAUCCUAAGAAGAGUUCAGCGCUACUGAGAGACUGUGAGUACUGUGUACUUUGAAAGAUGAAUUAAUCUUUUAUACUAUUCGAACACAAAGAACAGGUGAUGUGACAUAGCUGUAUCUAACUUAGUCAUAUAUUUAUCCAACGUGUACAAGGAUAACAGCAUAAUGAAAUGACAAACAUUAUAUACAAUUACAUUUGUAAUAGUACCUAGGAAAAUCUGGCAAACAAAAUGUGCCAGGUGUUUUAAUAAUAUUAUUUUAACUUUCUCCAAUACUACCUAGGGAAAUGUGAGGAUGCUAAGUGUGUUUGAUGUUCUAGAAGGAAUAUUGUGUUUACUUCGUCGUCUUUUCCAGGGGACUUGUGGGGCCCAUUAUUGCUCUGCGUGACACUGGCUCUGUGAGUAUUCAUGUUUCAAUGUAGUACCAGAAUAUGACUUCUAACACUCUUUGAGAAAGAUGAGCUAUGGAUUGAUAAUGUUUCCUUCCUGUUUUUUAGGAUGCUGCAGGGGGGUUCAGUUGACAGUAAGGAUGACGGAGGGCCCCAGUUCGCGGAGGUGUUUGUGAUCAUCUGGUUUGGAUCUGUCAUCAUCACACUGAACUCCAAGCUGUUGGGAGGCACCAUGUAUGUGUCUGUCAUUUCCAACUGCCCAACUUUCUAGCUGGCUUCCAAUCAUUAUAGUGAAAUGAUUCAAUAUUAAAAAUAUUGACAUGAGGGCAUUUAAAUUUGCAAAUAAUGUAAUAUGAUUAGUUCCUUAAGUUAAUUUUAAUUAAUUCAUUGAAACCUUGUUUAACAAUGCCUGUUUUCCCUCCCUCUCUAGAUCUUUUUUCCAGAGCCUGUGUGUGCUAGGCUACUGCAUUAUGCCUCUGACCGUGGCAAUGGUUGUCUGUAGGCUAGUGCUGCUGGGUGGGUCUGGGACAGUCAGCUUCAUCGUCCGACUAAUUGUGGUCACAGCAUCAUUCAGUUGGUCCACGUUUGGUAAGGAACGUCCUUUUCAUAAGGAGACAAUUAUAUUUUCUUUUUAAAUGUGGUUGGCUAUGUUUAUUGGUGCAAACACACCUCUACAAACACAUUCACUGUUUGCAGUCAUACUGACUUCCAGUAGGUAGAGCUGUUGCAUAAAGAUUCAACUUAUAAUGUUCCUCAUAACAUUAGUACUACAUUUUAAGUCUAAUCUUAUCAUAAAACAAGUCACUGAUAACUCAUGAGUGUAUGUAUGUAUAUGUUUUCCCCCCAGCUUCUACAGCUUUCUUAGCAGAUAGCCAGCCUCCCAAUCGCAAAGCUUUGGUGGUGUAUCCCGUCUUCCUCUUUUACUUUGUCAUUGGAUGGAUGAUUCUCACGUUCUCACCGUCCGCGUAA